AUGGUGAUUACAUUAAUUCCCCCAUUAUGGACUGAUCGUGAUGAUUGUUUUCGUUGUCAUACAUCAUUUACAGCAUUUACUCGAAAACAUCAUUGUCGAGCGUGUGGUGAGGCAUUUUGUGCACCAUGUUCAUCAAAGCAAUGUUCUCUACUUGAAUAUGGUAUUGAAGAUGAAGUUCGAGUUUGUGUAUCAUGUUAUGAUCGUAUUAAAACAACUGGUAGUAUUCGUACACAAAAAUUAUUAAUAAAUAAACCAGAAGAAAAACAUCAAGCUGAAAUUGAUGAAGAAGAUGCUUUUCAAUUAGCAUUAUCAUUAUCUCGAAAUGAAGCUGAAGAAAAAGAACGUCAAAAAAAACUUUUAACACAACAAUAUGCAAAUUCAAUUAUUCAAUAUCCUCCAACACCGAUUGGUUCUGCACCUAUAGCCGAUGAUACUGUUCAAAAAUAUUGGGAAAAUCAAACUAAACAAGAUCUUAUUACAAUUAAACCAUUUAUAAAUGAAUAUAUCAAUGAUGAUGAAAUUGAUAAAUUUGUUAAUACUGUUAAUGAACAUAUAAAUAAUAUUAAAUUUCGUAUGUUAAGUAAUCAACAACGUGGAAGAAAUAUAGCAAAUGAUACAGCUGUACAAUCAGUUUUUCUUAUACUUCAAAAUAUGUAUCCAGAAAUACAUCGUUUUAUAAAAUCACUUGAUGAUAAACAAGCUCAUUACGAAAGUUUACAAGAGAAAUUAUGCCAAUUAAAAGAUGCACGAGAUGUAUUGAAUGCUUUACGUGAAGAACACUUGGAGCAAAAAAAACAAAAAGCUUUAGAACGUGAAAGACAAAGACAAAUACAAUUAGCUGUUAAACUUGAUGAUAUGCGUCAAAAGAAACAUGCAUAUUUGGAAUAUCAAAGACAACUACAUUUACAACGUUUAGCUGAACAAGAAGCACAAAUGCAAGCUAGACUUGAUCAACAAAGAUAUUAUACUCAACAACGUGAACAACAAAAUCAAAUGCCUUACGUUCCACUACCACCGGUUACUUAUUAUCAUCCAACUCCGUCUCAAAUCUCAAUGGGUCAAUUAACAAAUGCUCUUCCAUCUGUUGCACCAAAUAUGUUACCACCCUAUCAAAAUCCUUAUUCUCAACAAUUAUUACCAACAGCAACAUCAAUACCCAAUGAACAAACAUUAAUCUCAUUUGAUUAA